AUGCCUGAACUACCUGAAGUAGAAUACGCUCGUCGAUUAUUGGCUCGAUUUUUAACUCAUACAUAUAUUACUAAAGUUUCAUAUCCAGAUGUUGAUGGCCUGGCGAAACGUUUCCUGAAUUGCACACCGAAUUCAUUUGCCGAUGGAUUAGUUAACCGUAAGAUUUUAGAUAUUAAACGGCACGGUAAAUAUUUAUGGUUCGAGAUGGCUGACCAGAAACCUUUGACACCAAUCUUUCAUUUUGGAAUGUCUGGAGGUUUUCGAAUCAAAUCAGCACCUGAUGUGACUUAUUUGAAAGAGCUUGAACAUGUGAAAAGAAAAGCGAAAAACGAAGUUGAUGGACAAUGCGAGUCUUUUGUUUAUGAUGACGAACUAGACGCUGACUUAACAUGGCCACCUCGUUUUACACGUAUUCGACUUUUGACGUCAACAGGUCACGAUGUGUGCUAUACAGACCUUCGCAAAUUUGGACGUUUCCAUUUAAUUGAAUCAAACGAACCUCUUUCAUGCAUUCCUUUAUCAAAAUUAGGCUUCGAUCCUUACCUCGAAAUGCCAAAACUUAAUGAUUUCAAGGAUUUAAUCGACUCGUACCGAUCGAAAUCGAUCGAACUCAAAGCAUUAUUACUCGACCAAUCAUUUUGUGCUGGAAUUGGCAAUUGGAUAGCCGAUGAAAUACUCUAUCAGUCACAUUUGCAUCCACGUAAACGAUUGAAUACAUUGACGAACGAUCAACUCAAAAGUUUGUACAAAAACAUCGACUAUGUCAUUCGUACAGCGGUUGAUGCAGGUGGAAGUCAUAAAUUUCCGCCAGAAUGGUUGUUUCAUUUUCGAUGGACGAACAAACGGGAAACAGAAGAUUAUUAUAAGCUAAAAAUUCGAUUUGAUACCGUCGGUGGACGAACAUCAGCUUAUGUACCGCAAAGACAACUCUUAUCCGAUGAUGAACAACAUCAAGUGGAUGCUCGAUUGGCUGCACGUGAUGCCAAACGAGCAAGUAAGAAGAAAAUGGGUAAAAAUGAUGACAAUACCAGUGACGAUCAAGGGAAUGAGAACUCAGUUACUGCAGUACGUUCAAAAGGGUUACGAAAAAAACGAAGUAAACAAGAAAUGGUCGAAAGCGACUCCGAAAAAGAGGAAAAUGCCGAAGACGAACCAACAUCAGCUUCACCUCGGAAAAAGAAAUUGUCCUCAGAAGCGGUGGCUAAUAUAUCGAAUCGACCACAACGAUCAUGUAGACAGAAAACAAUCAAUUAUCAUGUGUGA